UGCGGCUGCAGGGCGCUGCUGCGUGAACUUAGUGGGCUGCCGCCUUUUUCUUCCCUCCCUCCCCCUGCCCUCACUCUCUGCGCCGCACCCCACCGCGCUCCCCAUUUCUCUCUCUGUUUCUUCCUCUUCGCUGCCCCGCAGCCCACUGGCUCUGCUGCGACGCUACUGCCACCACCACCACCGCUGUUUUUACUGAUGGCGCUGGCGGUGCGGCGCCGUGCGGUGUGCGCCCUGGCGCUCCUUGCGCUGCUCUGCGCCUCGUUUCUGUGCGGGGCGAAUGCUGAAGGGCCUGCGGCCAAUGUGAAUGUGUCGGUGGAGGUGUCGUGCCCGAACACGAAUGACAACAAGUUGCGUUGGCGCGUUGCUGGCAAGAGUAAUUCGGACUGGAAUGAGUGUCCGCAGGCAGUGACGGGUGCGGGGAGCAUUGAAAGCGCUGCUUACAGUAAUACCCUCUGCCUCAUUGCCGGAUCGGCGUACCUGGACACGUCCCUGACGCGGAACUGCCCUGCAUCCCAGCCAGCAGAUGGGGACACGAAUAAAGUUGUUGCGUUCACGAUGAACUGUACGGCGGCCGCAAACAGUGCGCUGCACAAUCUGUCGAAGAGCGAAGGCGGCACCGUCACCAUCAAUGCAGCCGAGGAUCCACUCGGCGGGUCCGGCGAUUGUGCGUCCCCAACGUCCAGCCCUCCCGCGGCUGAAGUGCGGUCUCUACCACAACCUCAGAGCCCACAGGCACCAGCCGGCCCACAGGCACCACCACAAUCGUCGCCACAACAACUGCCACCACCUCCAGCCCCUGUCAAAACUGAGCACGAGGACAAUCCAUCAGGCGUCGGUCGGUCGGUGCCUGAAGAACCCACUGCUCCUGCAGGGCUGCCGGGUACUGUGGCGGGUCCCACUGGAAGUCGGGAAUCAUCAGCAGAAGGUCGUCGGGAAACACCAACGCCAUCGGCUGGCACUGCGGCUUCGCCAGCACAGGCAACAGACAGGGCAGCAGAUGGACCCGGAGGUACACAAACGCCUUCAACCCCCCAAGGCCGAUCUGGCACGCCCAACGCCGCCCCUCCCGCCAGCGGCAAUGAUGGAAUAACCAUUACUACUACCACCCGCAGUUCGAGUGAUGGGAAAGAAGCCAAAAGCAACGCGGACGGCAGUGCCACCAACAGCAACGCCACUCGGAAAGCCGUGGCAAACGCUGCGGACAGCAGUGCC